AUGGCAACUGAGUGGAACCACGGCCCGGGUGAGACCCCACAAACGACCUCGGACGCCAGCUCUGUGGUGUCGUCGUCGUCAACUCUCAUAGGCGAAGUGGCUCCGAAACUGGCGUCUUUCCAGCCCGCGCGGCCUCACAGAAGAGCCAUCUCUGCGCUUGCUCUUGGACGCAACGCGCCAGUCCUGGCAACCUCGCAAAGCUCUCAAAUCCUGCCCAUGAUUGCCAACACCGCCGUAACGUCUCCGGUAUCGGGCAUGCCGUUUUUGAUGCGUUCGAACAGCAACCCAUCUCUUCCGUCGUUCAAAGCGAAGGAAAGUCGCUUACCGCGUCCUGAGGGCACUCACGCCAUCUCAGUUGACGAGCUUCGCUCUUUGCUGCUGUAUGAGCCUGCUGAAAACCUGCUGAUCCUGGAUGUUCGGCCUUUCGUGGAGUUUUCCCGCUCAACCAUCCAGACUGCGCAACAUGUCUGUCUUCCCUCCACUUUGCUUCGACGUAAGACCUUUACGCUAGAACGCCUCAUCGAAAACUUGCCCGAAGAUGUGCGUUCCACCUUGAAGGCUAAAGUUCUGGAUCCUGGUGAUUGUUCAAACGUGAAGGUUGUGGUCUUUGAUAAUACACCUCAGACCCAGUCAGACAAUUCAGUAAGCGCGAGCUGUCACGGCAUGGCCUCCAAGUUUGCGAAUAAUGACAAGUGGAAUCCUGGAACUACAGGCCCUACCAUUCAUGUCUUGAAUCCAGGAUUUCCAGCCUUCGAAGAGUUUGAACCAACCAUGAUAAUCUCACCUCUAAUAACCCCUUCUUCCUCUUCUCCUUCGCCUUCCAGUUUAAUAGAAUCACCUAAGAGACUAGAUUCCACAUCUCAUGUGGGUCCCAAAUCUAGGUUUUCCAGCCAUUCCAUCUCCACGUUGUCGCCAUGUUCUAUACCAGAAUCACCUGUUUCUUCCUCUUCGCCUGUCUCCGGUCUUUUGAAGUUUCAGCUGCCAGUCUCAACUGGAACGGUUCCAACUUUCAAAAUAGCUAGAAAUGAGGAAGUUUCGAACUUGGAGUCGUACCUAAGCGCUGUAAACAUCGGCGAAAAACAACGCAAUGCCAAAGCUUCUUUGACGUCUCCUUUCGGUGAAAUAGAUCCAUCCUCUCAGUCACGAAACACUACAUUUAAGUUUCCUACCGAGCCAUCCGUUGAUAUUACUCCUAUUAAUGGUCGUGAUUUUGCAGCUUUUGAUAAUAAAUUGAACUUUCAGAAGUCCUUUCUAGGUCUGAAAGAUCUUUAUGUGCGCGACACGAUUGAUUCAGUGGUACCGAAGUGGUUUCAAGAUCUUGCUAAUGAAUCGAAAAUAGAUAUGGUAGCACAAUUCCAAAAAAUCGACUUGUUAGAGAAAAAGAGAUUGAGUUAUUGUUUGUCUAACUCUGGCCAAUCUUUAAAAUCCCAUACAUCGUCUGCUGCCUGUGCAGGAAAUAAUACAUUUAUUCAUACAAAUCAGUGCGCGGCAACGUGGUUUGAUGAGUAUAACUCUGAUGAAGAGGACCAAAACAUUUGCAUUUCCUCUGGUGUUGAGCUAGGUGCCAAAAAUAGGUACAAAGACAUAUUCCCUUACGAGCAUACUAGGGUGGUGCUGAAAAAGGAAACCCCUCAUUUCCAAUUCCGUUACUCAAACGAAAUUUGGGACACUUACAUCAACGCCAACUAUUUGGUUAAUCCAUUUGUCAAGCUUCAAAAUUCCGCUGGUAACAGCUGUAUGAACGUUCGUUAUAUUGCUACGCAGGCCCCGUUGGCUGCAACAAUUUAUGAUUUUUACACUUGCAUUCUAAACAAUAACGUACCACUCAUUUUGUCCUUGACCGACGAGUUUGAGAACGGAGUUGAAAAAUGCCAUAAGUUCUGGGCAGAAGGUGAUUACGAUGGGAUUCAAAUUAAGUUGUUGGAUGAAUACCAUAUAGAGACGCCUGAGCUCGACCCUGAAGUGGGCCCUGUCACUUUGAGAAGAAUUCAGAUUCAUCACGACGGUGGUCAAAUCUUCGAGACUUUACAAGCGCAAGUCAAAAACUGGCCAGACUUAGGAGUCAUGGUCAAUCCUCGUCCAAUAUUAGACAUCAUUCGUCUGAAAAACCUGGUUAUUGGCCAGUUAUUUGAGAAGCAAGUCUAUUCUUCAGAUUACUUACCAACUAUCUUAGUCCACUGUUCAGCUGGUUGUGGACGUACGGGCACUCUUUGUGCUCUCGACACAGUUCUCAGUAAUGCUUCAAAGCUAGAUAAUUUGAAAGAAGAAUGGGUAGGUAGGAGAUUGUCGAACGAAAGGAACCCGUGGUCGCCUCGUCCUACAACCUGCCUAGAUAGCAAGCUCUUCGAUCCAGUGAUCAUUACUAUCAACAAGUUCAGAAAGCAACGAAUUUCAAUGGUUCAAAAUGUGAAUCAAUACCUAUUCAUUUAUGAUUGUCUGCUGGCACACUUUGAAAUGUGUUUGAAGGCUAAUACUACGCAUAACAAGGAUUCAAACAUAUUUUCCCACAUUAAUAAUGGAUUGGGAAUUGUUAAAAGCUUUCUGGAAACUAAAAUUGGCGAGGCAGCAAAAAUUGGGGGCGGUCAGAAUUAA